AUGCCAGUGGUGAACGGUGUUACCACUGUUCUCCAGCCUCCUCUGGGCUAUGUGGUUAACUUUGAUGAUCCCCAGCGACAGGCUGUGCCUGAAGCUUACUAUGUGGCUGGGUUCGGCACUGUUAUCAGUGUUUUGCUUAUGGGUCAGAGGCUGUACACCAAAGCCUUCUUGAUAGGCCGGCUGCAAUGGGACGAUGUUUUCCUUCUCCUGGCUUGGUUUACCUCAAUCGCAACCAUUGGAUUGUGCGUUCACAUGUUCGCAUAUGGCUCCGGAGGUGUCCAUGGAUGGGAGAUUUCGGUCGAAAAGUACAACGUUUACAUGAUGGAUGUCUUUCUCGCGGCCGCCAUCUACACCCUCUGCGGCAGUUUUGCCAAAGUAUCCCUCUUGAUCUUCUACUUUCGACUGUCCCCCCAGAUAUGGUUCAAGCAAGCGGUCUGGGUGUCCUUGGCCAUCAUUGCUGGUUACAGCAUUGGCAUCUUCUUUGCCCUCGUCUUCGCCUGUGACCCGAUCGCAAUGAGCUGGGAUGUGACCAUCUCAGAUGGCAAAUGCAUCAACCGACCAUCGCUGUACAUUGCGACUGCUGCAGCAAACAUCAUCUCCGACUUGAUCCUUUUCGCGCUCCCGAUUCCGAUCGUGGUGAAGCUACAAAUUCCGCGCAGGCAAAAAAUCGGCUUGUUCUUCAUUUUCGCAGUGGGAUCACUUACAGUAGUCACCUCCAUCGUCCGAGUCUCCCUUCUCCCAGCCAUGCUAACGACUUUGGACCAAAGUUGGGUCAUCGCCUGGGCCAGUUUGUGGAUUAUCGUCGAAGCGAAUUUAGUCGUCAUCUGCGCCGCUCUACCGACCAUACGAAAGUUCUUCCGACACGUCGCACCCAAGAUCAUUGGCGAAAGCACUUAUGGGAAGGGAACCAAGACAAUCGGCGGCACUGGGAGCAAACCCAUAUCCCGAUUGACAAUUGGUGGUACAAACGGAACAAGGAAUCGGGCCGAGUAUUCGCAAUUCGAUCGCGAAAUUACAGGCGAGGCGUUUGUGAUGGCCAACAUGGGGACCAACAAGCCAGUGGCUAUCGCCACUGGCAAUAGCGAGAACGAUCCAACGGAAGAUGAUUCCUCAGAAAAGGCCAUUGUGCAAGGGAACAAUAUUGUACAAACGAAGACGAUCACGGUGGAAUAUAGUCCGAAAUAG